AUGUCACCAACGACCAUCAAUGCCACCACCAACCCAACCAAGCCCAAAGUUGCCAACAGCAGUGAAACCACCACCACCACCACCACCACCACCACCGUUACCACUUCUAUCAUCUCCAUCUCUAUCAUCUUCACCAUGAAAUUAUCAUCAGAUGGUGGGGUGUGGGUGGUGCUGCUUUCCCCAGGGGGUCAGCAAGCACUGGGGAAGCCCCUGAGAUGUCUGGCCUCUCUGUCCUCUCCCACCCUGUGUCUCUCUCCUCAUUUCCCUCUGCCUCUCUGCCAAGAAGGGGACAGCCGGAGGCUGAAGGGGGCCAUUCAGAGGAGCACGGAGACGGGCCUGGCGGUGGAGAUGCCCAGCCGGACGCUGCGCCAGACCAGCCAUGAGUCCAUCGAGGACAGCAUGAACAGCUACGGCUCGGAGGGCAACCUUAACUACGGGGGAGUCUGCCUGGCAUCGGAUGCACAGUUCAGUGACUUCCUGGGCAGCAUGGGGCCAGCGCAGUUUGUGGGCCGCCAGACCCUGGCCACCACACCGAUGGGGGACGUGGAGAUUGGCUUACAGGAGCGGAAUGGCCAGCUCGAAGUGGACAUCAUCCAGGCGCGGGGACUGACAGCCAAGCCAGGCUCCAAGACACUGCCAGCGGCCUAUAUCAAGGCCUACCUGCUGGAGAAUGGCGUCUGCAUUGCCAAGAAGAAGACCAAAGUUGCUCGCAAGUCAUUGGACCCACUGUAUAACCAGGUGCUGCUGUUUCCUGAGAGUCCCCAGGGCAAAGUCCUGCAGGUGAUCGUGUGGGGCAACUAUGGACGGAUGGAGCGGAAGCAGUUCAUGGGUGUGGCCCGCGUGCUGCUGGAGGAACUGGACUUGACCACCCUGGCCGUGGGCUGGUACAAGCUCUUCCCCACCUCCUCCAUGGUGGACCCAGCCACAGGCCCCCUGCUCCGGCAGGCAUCCCAGUUGUCCCUCGAGAGCACCGUGGGGCCCUGCAGUGAGCAAUCUUAGUUCCAGGAACAGGGAGGGGCUCCCUGAGAUGGCCUGGAGACCACCCAGCCCCGACCUGGGAUCCCAGGCCCAGGGGCAUCUUGAACAGAGGAGGACGGGGUUCUCCCCCACAGUGGGGAAGCAGAAUAGGGAGACCUACCCCCCUUGGACCCUCCUCACCCUUCUUUGCCUCCUAUCCCCUGAGACCUUUCCUUUCCCAGUGGGAUUGGCUGCACUUUUGACUUGGCCGGUUCUUGACCUGGUGGAUGUGGCUGCAAUCCGAAGAAGGGAAGACUGAGGUGGCAGAGCAAACCACUCUCCUGCCCCAGACACUAUCUGACUGCUCCUCUCUUUGCGUCCUCGGAAGCUCGCUCCCUGGAGCCAAGUCCAGAACCCAGCAGCCAUCUCCAUGGUGCCAACUACCAGCAAGUGUCUUUCCUGCGGCACCGGGUUCAGGCAGCUACACCUGCCCCAAAGCUGAUGGGGCAGCUUUGCAAGGAUCCGGAGCCAGCUCCGAGGGGCCCUGAGCCCCCCGCUUAAAGAGGAGCUCCGGCCUCCCUCCGCCUGCCCGUGGAAGAAGCUUUGCCGCAGCCUGUCCAAGUCCAUCUGUCUGUCCCCUCCUGCCCGCCUCUCUUCCAGUGGAAUUGGGGUCCAGCAGGGACCAAAGGAAAGGAGGAGGUGCCCAGGGCCUGGCACAGACCCCCCGGGGUGCCUUGCUCUGUGCGAUUGAAACAAGUUGCUGUGGAAACUGUGGGACUGGAAGGAACUUUGUCAUCUGGGUUUUGGGGGAGGAGCUGUGGGACCUUCAUUUCUCAGAACCCCACGCCCAGAGGGCUCACAGUCUCUGCAUUUUGGGGUGUUGGGUUGGAGAGGGAAUCUAAGGAAAGCUGGGGUUGGGAUUGGUGGUGCCAAGGUGAGGGUCUCCCAAAUAGGAGGAUCCCUUCUUGUUGGAUGAGGUCAAAAGUCAUCCUGCCUAUCCCUUUGCCUCCAGGCUAGGGGCCUGGAGAGGCCACAGAUCUCCCCUAUUUUAGUCUUUUUAAACCAUGUGUACUAAGGGCAGCACCCACUGCCCUGGCCUCAAUUACCUUGGCUCAAGGAGAGAAAGAGAGGAGGUAUGAGUCAAAGAACCGUGAGAUUCCUUCUCGAGCAGGGCCUGGGUAGCCGCCUUCCUGGCCCAGCCCUCCCCGGGGCCCACGGAAGCCCUGUUGCAUGCUGGGGAGGACUCGGGCUGGCCCCUCUUUAUAGAAGCACAUUUCUGCCACCUCCCCUGGGAGGCACCCAGCAGUCCACCACCCCUCAUUACCCAGUCCCUGCUGUGUAGGGCGUAGUCCAGGUUAGCUGGGUAGUUAGUGUUCUAAGCCCCGGGCCUGUCCUUAGCUCGCACGUAGUUUUCACAGAGUCCCAGGGUGGAUGGGGAGGAGACACAAGAACAUUCCUGGAGACCACGGUCUCCUUGCUGGCCUGGGCCGUGGCUCAGGAGGCCAGCCCUCCUUCUCCCCCUGCCUUGCCCUCCCCCUGUAGGAUUGUAGCUGGAGCUGCCCACUAUACUCAGAUGUUCGGAUUUAUUAUCCUUGGUACUGAUUUUAUUUAUGAAGCAUUCCUGAGGAUGUGGGCCUUGGUGUAGGGGGCCUGGACGCUAUUAGAAGGGGUGUUUUCCUCUGAGGACGCCCGGCUGUGUCCAGUCCCACCUUAUCCCUGGUUCCACGAUAGGCUGCUGACCAGGUGAUUCUUUCACCUGGAAUUCCUUAGCCCCGCCUCCACCCCCACCUCUACUCACCCGCCGCCCCCCAGGCCUGUUUGAGCCCUGGGCAUCCUUUAAAGUCUGGUUGAGUUCAGUUGCCUCCAUGGAGCCUCUCACACUGCAUUAGGAAAGGGUAUGAAAAGGCCCCUGAGGCCUUCAGAGCUCCCGGGGUUUGUCGGGGUGGAACCCCAAGACUUGAUCAGGAGGCAGCUGGGCUCUGGAUGGACUCGCAUCUGAGGCCCAGAAUCGCCCCUCACUGUUUGUUUGUUUUAACCAGUGUGAUUUCUCUGGUGUUCGUUUAUUACUCGGCAUUUGGAAUAUUUUGAGCCAGGAGAGCGCCUUCUCUCUCUGCAGCUGUCACCGCUCUGGUUGUACAGGGGUCGUUUUCAAAGACGGGACAGCGCCUGCUGUCCCAGCCAGAGGGAGAGGAGGCUCGGUGCUCCCCAGCCUGAGCCCCCCCUCUGAAGUCUGCACAGCGUUCAUAAAGAGGGAGAGCGCUCCAAAGCAAUAACAACAUCCUGGGGGUGGUCCCCAAGGGCCCCCUCGCUGAUUUCCUUGUUUGUUCUGUGAAAUCUCAGCUCACCUCCUGGAGGGGUGGGUGGGUGGGGGCUGGAGCCCCUUUUCUUGGUAUCAUCGUUGUGAGCACAUUCCCCCUUCCAAGGGGCUCUGACCCCCCAUUUAGCGUGGGAACCACCAUGUCCUCACCCAGGGAUAGGGGCUUGGGGAGGGGGUGACUAUGCUCAUUAUUAGCUUUGGGAACCUUCAAGGUCAUCCUGUCCCCACUGCUGUCAGAUCCUUUGCAGCUCAAACUCCCCCAUUUGGACAGGAUCAGAGAGGGCAGAGUUGGGGCAAAUUGGGUGGGGAGGGGCUGGGUCUCUAGGGGAACCGAGUUUAUUUUUCAAUCUCUGGUCCAAAGGUCACAUGCAGAGGUCGCGUGGGGGUUAGUCUUCUCCAGAAUCUGCUUUUCAUACUAAAGGGAAAGGGGCUUUGGGACCAUUAGUAAAGUCAUUUCCAUUUUACAGACUAGGAGAGAGGCCAGUGCAGGAAUUACACCUGGGGUCACCUGUAAGUUCACUGGGCCUCCUCCUACCUGAGGCUGCACUGGAGCCGGGGCAGGAAGACUGCUCAGUAAAUCAGAACAGGGUUCCAUUGUGCUUCCUUCCUUCACGGGACAGGAGACCAUUGCCCCAGGGCAUGUCUGCUAAGGAAAGUAGUUGUGGCCUUUAAGCCCUGGGUCAUCCACUGCUGCUUGGUUCCAUCUCUACGGGCCAGGAAUUUUUCUGGGCCUGGGUUUGGGGAAGAGGGUUUGCCAUAGAGAUCUAGCUCUCCUGGGGUCUGGCCCAGCUGACAGGAUUUGGUCCAGGCCUUGGUGACUGGGUGGGGGCUCCUGCCGAGGGGCCAUAACCCUCUAGGACCAACUCGAGGAAGGUAAGAAGCUCACUUCCUGCGGGGGCUGCGUGGGUGUGAGGCUGCUCGGGUACACCUCAUCUCAAGGAGAGCCUCACACCUUCAGAUGUAAUAUCUGAUCUUCCUGUUGUUUUUGUUUUCAAAGUGCUUUUACCCUUACAGGAUCCCCUGGGCAGUAGGUGGGGGUCCCUUAUCAGCCCCAUUUUAAAGAGGGGGAAGCUGAGGCCCUGGGAGGGGAAGGUGCCUGCUAGGGUCCCACUGUGAGUUAGUGGCUGAGCACAGACUGGAGCUCAGUCCUCCCAACAGCUCAGAGCUCUUUCUUCUGCGCUGGUAAGUACAGCAGUUUCGGGGGUGGCUAUGCACUUUACAAGCUGAUUCACCCUCCAGGUCCUUAAACCAGGAGCUCCCGGGCACACUUCGGUGUUCAGAACAGCACGUAGCCCCCUUCCCCUUGGAGCACAGCUGUUGCGUCAGGCAAGGCCACCUGUGUUUAUUUAUUGAGCAGCAGCGUUGUGCCAGGCCCAGGGGACCGAGCCAUCCCCGUUUCCCUUGAGGACCCCCACAGCCCUCAGGGAGGGCCCCGUGUCUGUGUGGCAGCACCUCAGUGAUGGGAAGCUUUCAUGUCCAUGAGCUCAUCUGACUCACAAACCCCGUAGGGAGGCUGGUCGUGCCCAUUUUACUCAUGGCUUCUGUGAGAGCAAAGUGGAGACUCGAACCCAGGGCCUCAGACAUCAGCUCUGGAGCCCUUUCACUCUUCAACCGCCUCCUGAGGGGGUGGCAGGAAGGCAGGACCCGGGUUCCUCAGGCUGAGGCCUCUCCACCCACCAACCUUCCCUUCAUUCCCUCUCCAGGAGCGGGAGCCGCUCGGGCCUUUGGGGAGGGAGGGUUUCCGGCCCCUGGGUUGGAGUGGGUCACGUUGCAUUGUGUUCAUGACCAUGUAGCUCAUGUUGACAAUUAAAGUUUUUGGCUUUUCUAA